AUCUGCUCAGCCGGGGAUCGAACCCAGGACCUCCGUUUUUUAAUUGAUAAUUGAAAUUUUCAGAUCCAUUAUACACAUGUGAUUCUGGACACGAUUUUUGCAAGUGGAGCAAUGAUCCAGAUUCUACCGAAAUGUGGUAUCCUUACGAUGAUGGAAUGUCGACUGCAGUAUAUGCUCACUUGUCCGUCGCAGACGAAUCAGCUCGUAUUAUAUCUCCACAUUACGCUGCCGCUAAUCAAGAACGAGGCUGUUUAUUUUUAUCAUACAAAUUGAAAUACACUGGCAGCAACGCUACAAUACGAGUGUACCAAAAGCCGAAUCACUUACCUCUCAAUGAAUUACUCAACUUGAGCGAUGAAGCGAAGAAGGAUUACAUCAUUUUCGAAGUACGAGCGAACCCAGGGGACUUGCCUUUUUAUAGCGUUUUAUUAACACUAAAGCAGCUACAGGACGAUGGUUUCCAGAUCAUCAUAGAGGGUGUCCCCGGUGUAAGUUUCGCGACAUUGACGGUACAUAAUGCAAACUUGCUCCAGGGAAGCGAGUGCACGGAUGCUGAAUAUUCCACCAGUCUACCAUCUCCAGAUGACGUCCACGAGUACUAUGUAUAUACAACAACAACAACACCGCCAACAACAAUCCCUCCGCCAACAACAAGGCAACAACCAUUAGGAAUAAACGAUUACGAGAUAGUUAUCUACGUGAUCAUCACAGUUUUGCUGAUUGUGACUGUGCUGAUUCUUCUUUCUAUUCUCGUGGCUGUGACUCGAAGACUUGAUGUACCAGAUAGUCUGAAUACUCUAUGGAUGAACAUCGUAGGGACAUACUCUCGCCGGAAUACCGAACAAGAUGUUAAACCACUUGAAGUAGAAUACUCUACCAAGAAUUCACACAAAGCUGUCAUACAGUGAUAAAGAUAACGCCGAACAAGAUGUUAAACCACUUGAAGUAGAAUACUCUACCAAGAAUUCACAGAAAGCUGUCAUGCCACGUGACUGAAGUUAUACUUUAAAUAACUUUAAAUAGUUUAAAGCACGCACUAAAAAUUACAAAAAUUGACUAUAUUUUUCGUAUUCUUGACAGCAGACCCUUUCAUUUGAUAUCCUUAUCAUGAGGAUGGAUUUCAAACAGCCAGUGCGCCAUCCUGGUGAGGCCGCCAUAUUGAAUUUGUAAUGACGUUUCUUAAUUGUAUUGUCGUCAAAACUCAGAGCGUGUGCAAAAUUUCAUCCUAAUCAAAGACCGGGAAGUGGGUCAAAUUAAGAUUCCAAGAUUUUCUUAAAUACAUAGUUACAAGCAAGGAUUUUAUUGACAUAAUAGGUCCAUGUAAAUGAUUGGGGAGGUCGCCUAUUGAAUUUAUAAUGAUGUUUCUUAGCUAGUCAUGUAUUGUCAUCAGAACUCAGAGCGUGUGCAAAAUUUCAUCCUAAUCGAACACCAGGAAGUGGGUCAAAUUAAGAUUCCAAGAUUUUCUUAAAUACAUAGUUACAAGCAAGGAUUUUAUUGACAUAAUAGGUCCAUGUAAAUGAUUGGGGAGGUCGCCUAUUGAAUUUACAAUGAUGUUUCUUAGCUAGUCAUGUAUUGUCAUCAAAACUCAGAGCGUGUGCAAAAUUUCAUCCUAAUCGAAGACCAGGAAGUGGGUCAAAUUAAGAUUCCAAGAUUUUCCUACAUACAUAGUUUCAAGUGAAGGUAAUAUAAGCGUGUUAAAAGAAAAUAUUCCAAUGAAUUGAGAAUCUCCUCUUAUUUUUGAAGUCAGUUAAAAAUGAAAAAAAAUAAACAUAACGCCAUCUAUGAGCCUCAGGCAUAACUGCAUCGCAACAAGUUCUAGAAGUGAACAAAAAGGAAUUGUUUCAACCUUCUUUAAGUACGCCAUCUACUGGUAGUUUUAAUAACAAACACUGUUUUAUAUGCCUCUAGAUGGCAGCACGCAUCGCACUAAACAUUUUCAUAACGCCUUUAUUAACUUACUCUUAAAGUCGGGCGCGUGUUUAGAUAUCACGACAUGUCACAACACAUUACCAUACAAAAUGUAUGUUACCGAUUCUGUUCUGACGCGUAACGACACGACACGUCAGACAAAUAUAAAUCCGGCUUUACACAUUUAAAUGUCAGUACAUGUAACCACGUGGGUGUUACCACAGAACACUAUAUCUGAAGAUACGGUGUAGGUAUAUUCAUGGCACUGCAGCAAUAAGGAACACAAAGAAAAAUAUCUGGCUAUAUUACGAAUAGCAUGCACAUCCUGUACUAUUCGUGGAUAUUAUUGAAUUUCAUUGAAUAUUGGCUUAUGUAAUUGUUAUUAAA